GUUUGGUACAGAAGCAAAAGUCAACUAUCUCAGUCACUUUGUUAUAGACAACCUGACGGUUAAUUACAUAUUUUUGCCAGAAAUCUUCACUACCGGCCGCAGCUGAUUAACAGGUUCUACCACACCGGAUUCUCCUCUGCUGCCUUAUUACUACGCAAUACUAUUACAUCUUAAAAUAAUCGUGAUUUGAGGUGAUUCCGAUUGAUCAACCGCCUAAUAAUAAAACAAACACAAAAAUUACAAAUAGUGAGAGUAAGAAACCACUUACGUGUUCACAUCCUAGUUAACUCAUCGUUUCUGGGAUAAAGAUUGAGAUUAUCAGAUUAUUAUCGUUCAGUAAACAGGUUAUAAAGAUAAAACGCCAAGAUGUUUGCCAUUAUGCAGAUUGACAACGACGUCAGCGGAGGUCAGUUCAGGAGAAAAAUGAGGUCCAAGUGCGAGUUUGUCUGCAAGUAUUGUCAAAGGAGGUUUACGAAACCGUACAACCUCAUGAUUCACGAAAGGACGCACAAGAGUCCAGAGGUGACGUUCAGUUGCGAAAUUUGCGGGAAGAGUUUUAAACGGCAGGACAACCUCAAACAACACAGAUGUAAUCAGUGCUAUUGGAGGUAAAGGGCUCCUAUGGUUGAAAAAGGGCUAACCCAGUCCUUCUUAAUUUUAAAAGUGAGCAUACACUACCCAGCCAAUACAACCUGUAGUUGUUUCAGUAGCAGAUACUAGUAUUUAGACGCCUUUAAAAUUUCUUCACAUACAGUAUUUAUUGCGUUUUUAAUGUUUUGUAAAUAUAUCUUUAGAAUUAAUAAUAUUUAUUAUACAAUGUAUUAUUAAACUUAUUAGUUAGUAAGCCAAGAC